UCUCCGCCCCAUUCGCCGAAACCAAGUCAUCCUCUUCUUCUCCCGCCCCGAAACAAAUUUUACAGAUCCAAUAGCGUCGGCAUUUCUGAUUGAAACUCUAAGAAUCAACCUUGUUUUGAACCGUGGCUCCGGCUGGGCCGCCGCAAGCUCUCAUUCAGAGAAGAAAAGCAUCGUCGUCAAUUGCCACCGCGUCCGGUAGAGAUUCUAGAAGAGCUUCGCAAUCGCAAUCACAUUCUGAUCUUCCGUUUUGGCUACAGAAUUGGUUCAUAGCAUUACUCUUCCUCGUCGCUAUGGCCUUCUUCGCUCUCGCUAUCUUUCUCUUCCUCGGUCUCAAUUUUGAGGAUUCGUCUCCUUCCUCUGCGUCCGCUGCUUCCUCUGAAGGAGUCGAGAUCACUUAUGGGACAGCUCUUAAGCUGAUGCAUGAACGGACAAAAUUUCGGUUGCAUUCACACGAUGUGCCGUAUGGCUCUGGCAGUGGCCAGCAGUCUGUUACCAGUUUUCCAAAUGUUGAUGACUCAAAUAGCUACUGGAUUGUUAGGCCUGUCCCAGGGGCAUCUGCCAAACAAGGUGACACCAUUACGACUGGGACCAUCAUUCGUCUGCAGCACAUGAGGACUAGGAAGUGGCUACACAGCCAUUUGCAUGCAUCCCCAAUUUCAGGCAACCUCGAGGUUAGCUGCUUUGGGGGAGAACAUGAAUCUGAUACUGGGGAUUAUUGGAGGCUCAUGAUUGAAGGGAGUGGCAAGACGUGGAAGCAAGAUCAAAGGAUUCGGCUUCAACAUGUUGACACUGGUGGCUAUUUGCACAGUCAUAACAAGAAAUAUCAGCGGAUAGCUGGUGGGCAGCAGGAGGUAUGUGGUGUCCGGCAGAAGCAAGAUGAUAAUGUGUGGUUGGCAGCUGAAGGUGUGUACCUCCCUGUUUCCGAAAAUAAGUAGAUAUUAUGGGGGAGCUUCUAAGUAAAAGCAGGUGCAUGGGUUUUGGACUCUUAGGUAGCUAGCUGGUAUCUGUUUUCCUAGUAUUGUAGAUAAUCUACUACGUGAAAGAAGAAAUGCAUUAUAGGGUAUAGCAUUAUGCUUUCAAAAUUCCAUCUUAUAUACUUGCGAUGUUCGACCACCCGAGAAUUUCUCAUUAUAACAUAACUAGUAUUUUGUUGAGGAUUCUUAAAUUUAAAGCAAGUUUAACGGCAUCUUCUUUAUAGGGAUGUUCUAUAUGCAAAUCUUGUUUCAUUUGUGUGCAACCAUUUGUAUCAUGUACUUAGGUAUUAGAAUUUAUAUGUGGCCUUCUUGGACAAAGGAUUGGACGUGUUUGAUUAUUUUAAGUUUAAGGAGUUAAAUUAUGCAUUGGUCCUUCCCUUCAA